CAGGAUCAGCUUGGGGGAGAGCCUCGCUUCGUCGCUUUUACCUCGCGCUAGCUAGUAGCUCCGCCGCAUUCGUACGUGAUACGAAAGACACGCGCCCGAUAGAGUUGCGUACAGGUUCGUCGAAUCGCUCCGAAAUCGUCUGCGUGGGUGUGUUCUUCAUUUCUUACUUUUCCCGUCUCGCUUUCUCUCCCUCUUCCUCUUUCUUUCUCUCUCUCUCUUUCCCUCUCUCCCUCUCUCACCCUUCACCACCCUUUCUAUCCCUUGAACUAGCCUUCUCCCCUUGACUUCUCGACUCGACCCCUGUGGUCCUCCUCCGCCGUGCAUUUUUCGAGCAAACCUUCCCUCUCCCCCUCACCCUCCCUACCCCUUUCUCUCUCUCCACUGUUUUCUCUCUUACUUCUUACGACUCGAGUUUCUCGUUUGCCAAUGUGAUCGAUCUCUCCGCGCGCGUGGAGGCAGACUCGGUUGUCGGUGCACCUCGCAAGGGCGAAAGGCAACAAUCCGCAGGCAGAAAAGGGACGGGAGGGUACCGCGUGCGUGCUGCUCGACGGUGUCGCGAGCGCCGAGUACGCACGCCCGUUGACAGGGACAGAGGUGAAACAGGACGCGAUAGGACGGUCUAGGGGCGAUCGUCGGCGACGCUGUGCCGUCAUAAACGUUCCUUCGCAAACGGCCUUAACUGAGAGAAGGAGGAAGAGUUGACGAGAGAGCGGGCCGGAGAGAGAAAGCGAACACGAGAAAGAAAGAGAGAGAGAGAAAGGGCGAUCACCGACAAGAGAAAGAGCUUACAGGACGUGCGGGUGCAGGACCUUCGGCGAAUUGUGCGUGCGCGCGAGGGAUAGCGCGACGGACAGGGUGCGAAGAGUGAAGUUGAAGUGCGCGGCUGUACAAAGGUUGUAAAGCGGUUGUACGAAUCGGCGUCGUGCGGGUGUGACAAGAGUUCGGUGUCUUUGAACUGGAGAAGUUUGAAGCGGUGAGAAAUCCGCAAGCGGUGAACUCGUCCAUUUGACUGUUAGGCCAACCGACUAGCCAGGCCAGUCGGCUCUAAACGCUCGAGUGCACCAGUUUGAGGACGCGAGUUUUUCCGUUUCCGUGGCGUGGCGUGGCCUGCCGUGGGUUCGUCCUUGUCCUCGUCUUCGUCCUUGUCCUCGUCCGAAGUCAUACAGCCGAGGAGAACCUGCAAUUUCCACGAAGCUGCGUCCGAAACGGUCCGCCUUGCUGCAUCCGCUGGAGUCCGUACGUUGAUCAGCCGAUUACAAAAUGGGUUGUUUUGGGAGCAAAGACAAGUUGAGCAAAGAGGAUAUGGAUUUCUUAAAGUCGCAUACGAGAUACGAUGAAGCGACUAUAAAGGAAUGGUAUAAAGGAUUCAAACAAGACUGUCCGAAUGGUUGUUUGACACCGGCAAAAUUCGUCGACAUGUACAAAAUGUUCUUCCCAUCCGGCAAUGCAGAAGAAUUCUGCGAUCAUGUUUUCCGAACUUUCGAUAUGGAUAAAAAUGGUUAUAUCGAUUUUAAGGAAUUUCUGCUUGCUAUCGAUGUAACAUCUAGUGGAACGCCAGAAGAAAAACUGAAAUGGGCUUUCCGCAUGUAUGAUGUUGAUGGAAAUGGUGUCAUUGAUAUACAAGAAAUGACAAAAAUCGUCCAGGCAAUAUACGACAUGCUCGGAGCAUGUUCCAGUAACAGGCCAGCGGACAGUGCAGAAGAAAGGGCUAAGAACAUCUUCGCGAAAAUGGACGAGAACAACGACGGCCAGCUGACUCAAGAAGAAUUCUUAAAGGGCUGCCUUCAAGACGAGGAACUGUCAAAGAUGCUAGCCCCCUAAUUCCAAUACUUUUGGACCAGUCAUCCCCGUGAUGUCCCAUCGUCGAAAGAUAUUUAUGCAGUACUAAACGACCGAGCAACAUCCUCGAAAAGAAUCUCAAGCACAUCUAUACCUUGCAUACGAAUGGCUCUCAGCACAAGGCUAAACAAACGAAUGGCAAUUGUUGUCGCGGUUUGCCGACGAAUUCGUCGAAACGCGUUCGUUCACGAACAUUCACGGGCCGGCGGCGAAGAAGAACGACGAGCCUAAGACCGUCGUCGUCUUCCGAAAGGCUGACCUCGAGUGGAAUUCACCGAAUUACAUAAAACCCCAUCCGAAGGAUUCGUGCGAUCGACGCGAUACGAAUCUGCGCUCCGUACACACGCUCUAGAGGGGCGGCGCGCGAGAAACCGAAGGAAAACCGAGGGAAACUCGCGGGUCGACAGCUUAUCCAGAGGACAGACACCGGUGCAGCUCAUCCGAGAAAUGGAGUGCCUCCUCGCACCUCGAACACCGAGGAAACCAACGUCAACGAUCAACGCUUUACGUUACACACUAGUUACAUUAGCACAUCGGCAUCGGAUAAAUGAAACGAAAAUAUAUAUGAGAGCUCGAUGGAGUUGCAUUCGCGCCGUAAACCGAUGCUGCUACCGACAAGUAUCGUAAAAAUUGAUGUUUAUGGUAAUAAACGUAAUCUCUAGAAUAAAUUCGACGGGAUUUUUCAAUGGUUCGAGAUCGAUCAACGAAGGCACUCUCGCUCGUUUCGAACUUGAACAACGACGACGAAAUAUGUACUAGGAUGAUUUCGUGGGUUAAAUGAUGACACAACGAAUUGCAAGGCGGGUAAUGCCGAUAAGUGAGGGCGACUCAUCUGUGUAUGGUAGAAACUUCCGUCGUUGUGUACGUUUGUUUUAUGCUUGCUCCAACCCCCCCCCAACCUGAAAAGCGAACACGUCGGUGCUUAGGUUCGUGUUUGCUGAGAACACAGAGCAACACCGUUGUUUACCACCUGUCCACAGAAAUGUUACCAUUGUGCUUGCGUAUUUGUUUUGAACCGAUCGUGCACAGGCAAGACUCUUUUUUACGUAAUGCACAAUCUCACACGUUGUAUAGAAUACGAUCAAUUUAUAUAUAUACACCUGUUACAUCAUAAAUGUUAUCAAUUACCAUAUAUAUAUAUAAACUUAAAUCUAUAUAUAUAUAUAUACAUACAGUAUAUAUGUAUAUGUAACAUGUCCUUGAGAAUCAUUAAAAAUCAUUUUGCAAUGUGCAACGGAUUGAAUAUACCACGAUGGAAAAAAGAGCCUAGGAGACUUAUUGUACCAAUGUAAUAUGACUCGAGUUGAUUGAAGGUGGAAGAGAUUUGAAGUUCGAUGAAAAGAGAGGUAGCAUUCGCGCCGUCUUUUUAAAUUCGCUCGUAGAUUAACAUUGGAUAACACGUAAUCGGUUUUCAAACAAGAACAUUGUACGAACCGUACGAUAUACCGCCGAUAAAUUGUUUUAUAUAGCGAUUGGAGUCGUUCGAAUAUUCCAACUCUACGUGUAGUGGUUUCCGCUACAGCUUACCGGCACGCCUGCGAAAUUCUACUACUCCCUUUAUUCUUAGAAAAGGUGUUCGGUAGUUUUAUUUACAUCUAACGUCUCGUUCGACUAAUCUACGUGUUCGUUCAAUUACGUAGGAAUGAUUAAUCUUAAUGUAGCUUGACGUGCACGGGCAACCACGAACCUGAAUGAAACGUUCGACAAGUACUUGACAAGAAAGCAUCUAUCGAAGAAAAUGGACGAUACGUUUGGUUCCCCGUAAGAAGGAGAGAUCUAUUCCUGCGAUCUUAAUGGUUUACUUCUGACACAGUCCGCCAGAUGCUGUAUGAAACUUUCGUACCAUCGGUGAGAGAGUUUCUAUUGUGUGCGCGGUACCCACUACAGUAACGCUGCCGUAGUAAAUACCACGCUUAUACAGAUAUAAUUUAAAAAAUCGGCCAGCAUCGGUGGAAACAUUGGCAACUCUCACGGGAACUCGUGGAAAUAAACUUUUAGCGUCACAGAAAUUUUAUGGUAGGGAAACAAACCUCCCCUUCUAACACCGUGGUUCUAUCGAAGGCCACACGGUAGAAAAAAAGCUACGUUCAAGCCCUCUUAUGCAAUCUUGAUUCGCGCGUUUUACUAUUCUCGUGCAAUUCCUCUUCAUCCGUUAAUCGGAUCGCUAAUAUGAAUCUUUUCGUUGCAGUUGGUAACCAUUGUUCUCUGAUUUCCACUUUACAAGCCGAUCAAGACGAUGAGGCCGACGAAUAUGUUCAUCUUGGAAACGGUGUUGAACAUUUCAUUAGGGCAACCUACCGUCACUUGCGACUUUCGUUCGAGAGACAGAUCGGUGACCGAUGUCUAUUAGCGAUGAUGCUCGACCAAACGCGUAUUGCUAACCAGGUCGAUACAGUAGAAAAGUAAUUUCUCCUCUUGAGCAAAACGAUUGUCAUUGGAUUACAUAAAACUUAUGAAUUUAUUCUAUACAUUUCUUCUAGAUACAACCUCUCACUAAGACAUUUUCGAGAGGUUCAUAGCGUUAAUAUUGAUCGUCGAACAUGAAAUCGCUAUUUAUGUACCGACGUGCACGCCGUGCGGUCGAGGUACACGAAAAAACGCUUGCAUUACUUAUAUACAUAUAUAAAUACAUAUUAUAGUUCUAUAGAUCUAUCAAAAUAUGCGUGCAUAAAUUCAGGGCCUGAUUGUUCGCUGUUAGUCUUGAAUUUCAACGACUUGCACCGCAGCUAGACCAUGCUAGAUUACUGUUCGGAACUGUUCGCGUAUCGAGCACUCGAUAAAGCGGUGUUGAUCUUCCGACAAGAAAGCCGAAGCUAGCUCCGUUCGUGGAAUAAUCUCUAAGAUAGAAUUCUAUUCGCGAUGCGGCAGCAGAGGGUCUUUUCUGCGCGGUUGAUUCAUCCCUGAAAUUAUGGUUACACGUUUUGAUAAAUCUUCUAUAUUAGGCUAGAUACAUAUCAUCGGCUCCUCUUGAAAAGUAAAUCGAAGCAAUAACUUUCACUAUCCUUCUUUCCACUUCUUACGUGCUUCGAUCGAACUUACCACUGUUUCAGUCAAUUUUAAAACGAGAAAGUAUCCUAUAACCAUUCACGCAAUACUUCGCAUAACGCGCACUUGUUCUUGCGCAAAUACCCAUCUUUUAAAUGUAUUAUAAUAAGAAGUGUAUAUACAUAUAUAUUAUUGGAUAUAAUGUAUAGAAGGAACAAAACGUUACGUGUAUAUUUUUUCGCUACAGUUUUGUAAAUCGAUCACGUUUGCUGUUUUAAAAAAGAAAAAAAAAGAA